CCGGCUCCGGCUCCCCGCGCUCCUCCGCCCGGGCCCGCCAGCCGGGCCGCUCCCGGCGCCCGGAGAUGCCGGCCGUGUCUAAGGGGGACGGGAUGCGGGGCCUGGCGGUCUUCAUCUCGGACAUCCGCAACUGCAAAAGUAAAGAAGCAGAAAUAAAGAGGAUAAACAAGGAACUGGCAAAUAUUAGAUCAAAAUUUAAAGGUGACAAGGCUCUUGAUGGCUAUAGCAAAAAAAAGUAUGUCUGCAAGUUGCUCUUCAUCUUCCUCCUUGGUCAUGACAUCGACUUCGGACACAUGGAGGCUGUGAACCUGCUGAGCUCAAACAGAUACACGGAAAAGCAGAUUGGCUACCUCUUCAUCUCCGUGCUGGUGAACUCCAACAGCGAGCUGAUCCGCCUGAUCAACAACGCCAUCAAGAAUGACCUGGCCAGCCGGAACCCCACCUUCAUGGGCCUGGCCCUGCACUGCAUCGCCAACGUGGGCAGCCGGGAGAUGGCCGAGGCCUUUGCUGGGGAGGUCCCUAAAAUCCUCGUAGCUGGAGACACCAUGGACAGCGUGAAGCAGAGCGCCGCCCUGUGCUUGCUGCGCUUGUACAGGACGUCUCCCGAUCUCGUUCCCAUGGGUGACUGGACGUCCCGAGUGGUUCACCUCCUCAACGACCAGCACUUGGGUGUGGUAACUGCCGCCACGAGUCUGAUCACCACACUGGCACAGAAGAACCCGGAAGAGUUCAAAACGUCUGUUUCCUUGGCUGUCUCUAGAUUAAGCAGAAUUGUGACGUCAGCCUCAACGGACCUCCAGGACUACACCUACUACUUCGUCCCGGCGCCCUGGCUGUCGGUCAAGCUGCUGAGGCUGCUGCAGUGCUACCCACCGCCAGAAGACCCUGCAGUGCGAGGCCGCCUGACAGAGUGCCUGGAGACCAUCCUGAACAAAGCCCAGGAGCCGCCAAAGUCAAAGAAAGUCCAGCACUCAAAUGCCAAGAACGCUGUGCUCUUUGAGGCCAUCAGCUUGAUCAUCCACCACGACAGUGAGCCCAACCUGCUCGUCCGCGCUUGUAACCAGCUGGGCCAGUUCCUGCAGCACCGGGAGACCAACCUGCGCUACCUGGCCCUGGAGAGCAUGUGCACGCUGGCCAGCUCCGAGUUCUCCCACGAGGCCGUCAAGACGCACAUCGACACCGUCAUCAACGCCCUCAAGACCGAGCGGGACGUGAGUGUGCGACAGCGGGCCGUGGACCUGCUCUAUGCCAUGUGUGAUCGCAGCAAUGCCCAGCAGAUCGUGGCCGAGAUGCUGAGCUACCUGGAGACAGCCGACUACUCCAUCCGAGAAGAGAUUGUGCUGAAGGUUGCCAUCCUGGCCGAGAAGUACGCGGUAGACUACGCCUGGUACGUGGACACCAUCUUGAACCUGAUCCGAAUUGCUGGUGACUACGUGAGUGAAGAGGUGUGGUACCGUGUCAUCCAGAUUGUCAUCAACCGGGACGACGUGCAGGGCUACGCCGCCAAGACCGUGUUCGAGGCUCUGCAGGCUCCGGCGUGCCACGAGAACCUGGUCAAAGUGGGCGGCUACAUCCUGGGGGAGUUUGGAAACCUGAUCGCUGGGGACCCAAGGUCCAGCCCUCUGGUCCAGUUCAACCUGCUGCACUCCAAGUUCCACCUGUGCAGCGUCCCCACCCGGGCGCUCCUCCUGUCCACCUACAUCAAGUUCGUGAACCUCUUCCCGGAGGUGAAGACCACCAUCCAGGACGUGCUGCGCAGCGACAGCCAGCUGAAGAACGCGGAUGUGGAGCUGCAGCAGCGGGCCGUGGAGUACCUAAGGCUCAGCACCGUGGCCAGCACCGACAUCCUGGCGACCGUCCUGGAGGAGAUGCCACCAUUCCCAGAGCGCGAGUCCUCCAUCCUGGCAAAGCUCAAGAAGAAAAAGGGCCCAAGCACGGUCACGGACCUGGAGGACACCAAGCGGGAGAGGAGCGUGGACGUGAACGGGGGCCCCGAGCCCGCACCGGCCAGCACCAGCGCUGCGUCUACACCCUCUCCGUCGGCAGACCUGCUGGGUCUGGGGGCUGCCCCUGCUGCCCCUGCGGGCCCCCCACCCUCCUCUGGCGGCGGGCUGCUCGUGGAUGUGUUCUCAGACUCUGCCUCCGCGGUUGCGCCUCUCGCUCCUGGCUCCGAAGACAACUUCGCCAGGUUUGUUUGUAAAAAUAAUGGUGUGUUGUUUGAAAACCAGCUGCUUCAAAUUGGACUUAAGUCUGAAUUUCGGCAGAAUUUAGGUCGGAUGUUUAUAUUUUAUGGUAAUAAGACCUCCACGCAGUUCUUGAAUUUUACUCCAACGUUGAUCUGUCCAGAUGACCUUCAGUCUCGUCUGAACCUGCAGACCAAGCCUGUGGACCCGACCGUGGAUGGCGGUGCCCAGGUGCAGCAGGUGGUCAACAUUGAAUGCGUGUCCGACUUCACAGAGGCGCCGGUCCUCAACAUUCAGUUCAGGUAUGGCGGCACCUUCCAGAACGUGUCUGUCCAGCUGCCCAUCACACUCAACAAGUUUUUCCAGCCCACGGAGAUGUCGUCUCAGGACUUCUUUCAGCGCUGGAAGCAGUUAAGCAAUCCACAGCAGGAAGUUCAGAACAUCUUCAAAGCAAAGCAUCCGAUGGACACAGAGAUCACUAAAGCGAAGAUUAUUGGAUUUGGUUCUGCGCUUCUUGAAGAAGUUGACCCUAAUCCUGCCAAUUUUGUGGGGGCUGGCAUCAUACAUACCAAAACCACCCAGAUUGGAUGCUUGCUGCGCUUGGAACCCAACCUGCAAGCCCAGAUGUACCGGCUCACACUGCGGACCAGCAAAGAGACCGUCUCUCAGAGGUUGUGCGAGCUGCUGUCGCAGCAGUUUUGAUCGGCGAGGAUGGAAGACCAGGCCGUGCGCGUGUGCGCUUUCAUCAUCUCUGCCCAUUGUCUCGGUGACCAUCUUGCACAUAAGCACCCUGUCCGCGUCCCGCAGCGCACGGUCUCCCGGCCGCUCUUCCAGGCCCGUCCCUCGUGGGCCGCCCAGGAGGAGAGGCUCAGCCCUGCAGGGGCCGAGUCCGGAGGAGGGAGUGUGGACCCUGGGAUCAGUUUUUAUAGAAAUCAAGACAGUUCUGUGGUUAAAUCUUCAAAUUAAAGGGAGGUUAGAAGUUUGAACGGAAGUGGGAAUUUUGUUGAGAUUUUACUGAAAUGCCGCUGCUCUGUUGAUCAUCUGCGCUCUGAUUUUCUGAGCGUGGCAGCGCACGACCACUGCGCUGGUCGUGAGGCUGACCCUCAGCUACGUGGCUGUCCUUGCGGGUGGCCCCUGACGGGCCGGGCAGCACGUCCACUCAGGGCAGGGCCCUGGGAGGAGGGCAUAGCUGUCCUUGUGGGUUUGCUGCUGCACCAGCUGCAGUUUUUCUGGGGCAGGAUUUUAACCUAGAACCUAGAAACAUUUGUUUUUAAUGAUGCUCCUGGUGAAAGCGCCUUUCCUGGCCAGGUCUAAUUCUGUUCUCUUUUCCCAGCACCAGUGUUCUUGGGGGUGUUCGUAAUGUUCUGACUGUUUGAGACCUUAACUUCGCAGUUUUGGGGCAGGAGUGUGCCGGGUGGCUCCGGAGGGUGCACACGUUGUUCCCCUUUUGGUUUCAAAUGAGUAUGCUGUCCCCACGGUGUGCCUGAGGACCUGGAGGUGUGCUGUCCCUUGCCCUGUCGAGGCAGGUCUGCCAGGGCCACGGGGUGGAGGAGGGGAACCUCUGUUUGGCCGGGAAGCAAGAGGCCGUGUGCAGGGACAGUGGCCCCAGACUCGAGCCACGCGGAACACGCUGCCCGCCGGUGGCCCAGCUCUCACCUGUCUUUCUGGCCCUGGCACCCGGGCUGCCCGUCUGGCACCUUGAGACAGGGGAGUGGAGCAGGGUUAAGAGGCCUCAGGAGCAAGGCCAGUGCCUGGGAUUGGCGCAGACACAGAUGGGGCUGGUUUGUCCUAAAUACACGCAGCUGUCACCAGCAGCUGAGGACGCUGAGGAGGCGCGUGGGCACCGAGGUCAGCUCCUCCGUUGUCUGAGCAGCUUCUCUCUGCCUGACCUGCCCUGGAGGAGUCCACAGAUGUACAACCUCAAGGGACAUGGAGGGUGAGUGGUCACAUGCGUGAGGUCUUUGCUCUGGCUGUCAGCCUGCUGCAGUGCGGGUCCUGGGGCAGCUGCAGGGGCUGCAGCCCACUCAAGGUCCCAGUGGCCCCCAUGCCAUGGGACCCACGUUUCUGUGUGGCUCAUAUUCCAGUGUGUUGGACUUGGGUCAGAGGGUGACAGUAUCAGAGGAACCAGCACCGACUAUGCUGGCCCUUCUAUGUCCCGUGGAGGCUGUGGUCAGUGGCUGUGCCCCUGUACCAUGGCCCACACCAGCCACAGCCCUGGGCUUGUCUGUGCAGCCAGAGUGAUGUCCCAAACUGCCAGACAGUACUCUGUCCCCAGUGUGUGCUCAUGCACCACCGUCUGGGCCGAGGGCACAGCCAGGCCCGCAUGGUGUUUGCUCACAGGCCACGAGCAGCUCGUGGAUGGUGUCCUGUGUUGUCAGCCCCUCCCUCAGGCAGAGGAGAGGCCUUCCCUGUGCGCUGCUCCGGAGGAGGUGCCCGUCAGUACAGUGUGCUCCAUGUCAAAGAAAAAUAAACGCUAGAA